AUGAACACGCGGCCGCCCAUUGAGAACCCCAGCGAACACGCUGCGCUCUCUGUCGCCUUCAACAAUGAUGCGAGUCGGUUCACCGUCGGGCUGGACUCCGGAUUCUGCAUAUUCAUGUCAGACACCUGCCAGAUUCAAACCGCCCGAGUCUUCAAUGCCGGCCUCGCCGUCGUGCAGAUGAUGGGUAAUGCAAAUUAUUUAGCUCUUGUCGGCGGUGGCCGCUCGCCUAAGUUCCCCCAAAACAAGGUCAUUAUCUGGGACGACAGCAAAGGCAAAAUAGCGUUUGAGAUCGCCACCCUGACUUCUGUCCGAGGCGUUCAGAUAUCCAAGACACGUGUGGCAGUGGUUCUGCAGGACAUGGUGCGCGUCUAUGCCUUCGACAAGCCGCCGCGACCUCUUGCCAGAUACGAAACUGCGGACAAUAUGUUGGGCUUGUGCUGUUUGACGGACGAGUAUCUUGUGUUUCCUGGGAGGACGCCAGGCCAGGUCCAGGUCGUGCAUCUAGCAACGGACAGUGUGAGCAUAAUACCGGCACACUCGUCAAGCCUGCGGGCUCUGCAACUGAGUCUGGACGGUGAAUUGCUUGCCACCGCGAGCGAAAAGGGCACGAUUAUCCGCAUUUUCUCAACGCGUAACGGCGCAAAACUCGCAGAGCGAAGGAGAGGUACAGAAAAUGCCACCAUCUACUCGCUACGGUUUAGUCCGUCGGGAAACAUGCUCUCCUGCACAUCAGACAAGGGAAAUUUACAUAUCUUUGACGUCCCCAAUCCCCGCCGGUCACCAUCACCGCCUCACCCACCAGAGGCCGCGAAAAACCCUGGUGAUAAAACCAACGCUGAAGCCUCAAACAAAUGGGGGAUCUUGAAAAAUAUCCCAUUCGGUCCAUUCUCGGACGUAUACUCCUUCACCUCUGCCCCUUUCGAAACCGGCGACGAGCCUCUUCUUCCUACCGCCGUCCGGAGCACAGGGACCAGCCCUGUGUUAGGCACUAGUAGGCCAAUGAAAGGAGUGGUUGGUUGGAUCAACAACCACAGUCUACUGGUCGUCGGUGCCGGCCAAGAUGCGCGAUGGGAAAAAUUCGUGCUACGGCAAGGGGAAGACGGGCGAUCAGUGGUCGUUCGCGAAGGUUGGAAACGAUACCUAGGGAACUAG